AUGCAAAGCGUUCAGAACAGUGCCUGCCACAGUCAGCUCCGGAUUCGCAGUACUACUGCUGUCCGUCCUGUCAUCACCUUUAUGGCUAUUAUCCCCACGGCCGGCCGGGGCACCCGAGCACUGCAGGUUUUUGCCGACUCAUCCUCGCUCGACAGCGGACGCCGCGCGGAGGAGGGGAGGCGGCGAGGCGCCCCCCGGCGGACAGCCGGAGCCCCGUGCCGGGCAGGCCGCGCCCAGCGAGCGGAGCAGGUGUCGCGUCGGGGACCGUGGGCACGGGGUCGGACUACUGCGGGGGCGAGUGAGAAACGCGCGCUGCGGGCCCCCUGCAUCGCCGCGGUGCACAACGUGCCGCUGAGCGUGCUCAUCCGGCCGCUGCCGUCUGUGCUGGACCCGGCCAAGGUGCAGAGCCUCGUGGACACGAUCCGGGAGGACCCAGAAAGCGUGCCCCCCAUUGACGUCCUCUGGAUCAAAGGGGCCCAGGGUGGUGACUACUUCUACUCUUUCGGGGGCUGCCACCGCUAUGCGGCCUACCAGCAGCUGCAGCAAGAGACCAUCCCUGCCAAGCUUGUCCAGUCUACCCUUUCAGACCUAAGAGUGUACCUGGGUGCCUCCACGCCGAACUUGCAGUAGCACCUCCUUGUCACCUGCUGUCACCACCCCCAAGAGCCCAGAAGACACACCUGGCCUCCAGUGGACUGGGUCAUGCAGAAGGUGUAGCAGGAGUGCAUCCUCUCUGCAUCUGGGGGGAGGAUCUGGCUCCAGGCCCCCUCUUCGCUAGCUACAAGGCCUUGGACUCAUCCUGAACAGUGUGGGAGUCCCAGUUCCCACCUCUGCAGAAAUGCAAUCGUGACAUUACCCUUGAAGGAUUAUCAAGAGGACGAAAUAAGAAAGGAGACAGGUUAGAAGAGCUACAUGCUGCUGGCUCCAAACUCUCAAGGACAAGGAUCUUUCUGCAUUUUUGUCUUUGUAUAUCCCUUAUGUAGACUAUGUUCCGCU